AGUUCACAGACGAAGAAGACUAAAAUGGCUAUUCCCCAGCCUAAAGUGUUUAGCCCCACGGAGGUAGGAAGUCUCAAGAGUUUAGUAGACACCGGCAUAAAGGAGAUUCCAGAUGCUUAUGUUCGGCCAGAGAAUGAGCGCCCAACAGCAACUCCUGUGUAUACAGAGAGCAUUCCUGUGAUAGAUCUUCAUGACUUAGAUGGUCCAAACAGACAAGAUACUGUCAGUGCUAUCACUAAAUCUUGUGAGGAAUGGGGUUUCUUCCAGGUGGUAAAUCAUGGGAUUCCGGAGAGAGUAAUGGAGAAAAUGGUGGAGGCUCAUCACCGUUUCUUUGAGCAACCAGAAGAGGAAAAAGCCAAAUACAAAGCAGAAGGCCCUCAGAAGCCUGUUAUAUAUGGGACCAGUUUCACCGCAAAAGAUGAAAGGAUUCUGGAGUGGAGGGACUUUCUCCUGCUUAUGAUUGGAGAACUUAAUGCCCAAACAGCUGAAUGUUGGCCUCCAGUCAUUCAAGAUGCUGGAUUGGAAUAUGCGAGUGAAGUGAGAAAAGUGGCGGUAAAAGUCCUUGCUGCGUUGUCAGAGAGCAUUGGAAUUCCUACUAUUUUAGAGAAGAUGAUGGGCUAUGAGCGAGUGGUCUUGAAUUACUAUCCGCCAUGCCCAAACCCCGAUAUGACAUUCGGUUUGAGCAGCCAUUCUGACGUGGGUUUACUCACAGUUCUUCUGCAAGACGAUGUGGGAGGGCUGCAGGUUUUCCAUAACGACAGAUGGGUUGCAGUACAACCCAUUCGCAAUGCUUUUGUCAUUAAUGUGGGCGACAUGUUGCAGGUUUUGAGCAAUGGGAGAUUUCAAAGUGCAGAGCACCGUGCUGUGCCUAGCUCCAGUCAAACUCGAAUCUCCAUUCCAUUAUUCUCUGCACCCAAGAGUGACACUUUAAUAGAGCCCAUUCCUGAGCUUAUCAACGAGGAUAAUCCAGUAAAAUAUAAAUCGUUUACUUUUGGGGAAUACGUGGCGUAUUUUCUUAAUAGGUCUCACUCUGGAAAGGAUGAUAACUUAGCUUUUGCGAAGAUCAGCUAAAGGAUUCUUGUGAAGCCAUGGAGUCUGUGCUUUUGUGGGAUUGUAAUUUUGCCUUGGUCUUGAUCCUCUCUAUAUAUCGCCUUAGCCAUAGCUGUCUCCGCUUGAGUUUUACAUGAUUCAUAAAAUUAGA